GAUAGAAAUCUCGGUGAUGUCGCUUCGUCUUUAACAAGCUUGACCCAGAAGCCCAGCACCCAAGGAAGGAGGGGAAAAGAGGGGAGAAAAAAAAACCCCACUUAUAGCAGGAAUAGUCUGAAGGGGGACAGGGCAGCAUUUCAACGAGCAAGUUCAGUCCUUCCUUCUUCUGGGCUUGGUGGUUCUGUGACCUUUUUACCCAUGAGCAACUAGAGCUCAACCUCUGACCUUGGCGUGAUCUCUCACCUCUACUACCAAACCACGCUCACAGGUGAAGUGUGUAUGGAGCAGUGUGAGAGCGCAGCGGCUCUGCUGGAGUCGGUCAGGGAGCAGGAGGUGCAGUUUGAACAGCUGACCAGGGCGUUGGAGGAGGAGAGGAGGUGGGUGGGCCUCCCCGCCACCAGCCCCUCGACCCUGGGUCGCCCCCUCCCUCAUACACAGAACGGGCGUUUGGGGGAUGCUGACAUAGAACGACUGAAACUAACUGACGCAUACAUAAACGGCACACAGUACAGAAUGGUGGACCCUGCACACGGCGCUCUAGAUGAGAGCUACACACCAGAGGACGACUCCCAGGAAGUGCACUCAGUCUUUUCUGAAGAGGGAACCACAAGGCGCCAAGACAAUGGUAUGAAGAAACCAAUCACACGCACAGUCCUGCCCUCUGACUCCAUGUCCAUCGAUGGGGGGUUGUCAGUGUCCGGUAUGGGUCCCUACAGUGCCACACUAGACCGUCCUUACAGGCAGCCUGUAGCAGGAGACUACCCAACUGCCACGGUGCCCAGAAACUACCACUAUGGCCCUGUACCAGGUUAUGAUGAUUACCGCGGAGGCCCUCCAUCGGAGGCAUAUACCAGCUUGAGCAGAGGCUCACACAUGGACGACCGCUACAGGCCAGCGGAUGGCUACAGGACCCUUGACUCGGGCUACAGGGCCCCAAGCCGCCAGCAGCUGGACCCGUAUGCAGCCCAGCCCCAGGUCAGCCGAGGAAUGAGAGCCCUGGGCUCAGCAAUGGAAAUGCGUUAUGGCCAUGGUCACUAUGGACUGGAGGAUGACCAGCGUAGUGUGGGAUAUGAUGACUACGGCAUGGGGCCUCCACCCAUGCACCCUGGUGGCUACGGCACCAUGCCCCGUUUAGGGCCCGGCCCUGGGGGUAUGGACAGACGAAGACUCAGGAGCUGUGAGGAUACUUUAGAUGGGGACAUGGGAGGAGUUGACCCUUAUACCUGGGCUGUUCCCAUGACGAUGGAGAGGGGUAGCAUGGCGUCACUGGACAGCACACUGAGGAAGGCUCCUCCUGGUUCAUGGAGACAGCCGGAGCUACCGGAGGUCAUUGCCAUGUUGAGCUACCGCCUGGACCCAGUCAAGACAAACGCCGCUGCAUUCCUGCAGCAUCUCACGUUCAAAAAUGAUAAGGUUAAGUCAGAGGUGCGUCGCUUAAAGGGCAUUCCAGCCCUUGUGUCACUGCUGGACCAUCCCAGCAAGGACGUGCACCACUCGGCCUGUGGAGCACUCAAGAACAUUUCAUAUGGGCGAGACCACGACAACAAGAUCGCCAUCAAGAACUGUGAUGGAGUCCCCGGUCUUGUCAGAUUACUGAGAAAAACCCGUGACCAGGACCUGACUGACACUAUAACAGGCACCCUGUGGAAUCUUUCAUCCCACGACUCGGUGAAGAUGGAAAUUGUUGACCAUGCCAUGCACGCCCUGGCUGACGAGGUGGUUGUCCCGCACUCUGGCUGGGAGCGAGGGAGCAACGGAGCAGGAGAGGAGAGCUGCAAACCACGCCAUCUGGAGUGGGAGACCGCCUUGACCAACACUGCUGGCUGCCUUAGGAAUGUGAGUUCGGAACGCAGCGAGGCCAGGCGAAAGCUGAGAGAAUGCACAGGAUUAGUGGAUUCACUCAUGUAUAUUGUCCAAUCACAGAUCAACCGCAAAGAUGUGGAUAACAAGCUAGUGGAGAACUGUGUCUGCCUCCUGAGGAAUCUCUCUUAUCACGUUCACCGCGAAGUUCCAGGCUGUGAGCGUUACGUAGAGGCCCUGCCCCUCAACCAGGGACCCGUCCCUGCUAACAAGGGUGGCUGCUUUGGUUCUCGGAAGGGCAAAGAUGAGUGGUUUUCCAAAGGGAAAAAGGACGGAGAUGACGGAAGCGGAGACCAGGUGGACAUCCCGAAGAGAACAACACCCGCCAAAGGCUACGAGCUGUUGUUCCAGCCAGAGGUGGUUCGUGUUUACACUUCGCUGCUCAGAGAGAGCAAAAACCCCUCAGUUCUGGAGGCUGCUGCUGGUGCCAUCCAGAACCUGUGUGCUGGCCGAUGGACUUAUGGUCGCUAUAUUCGGGCCACUGUGCGUCUGGAAAAGGGUCUUCCAAUGAUGGCAGAGCUGCUGGCUCAUGUCAAUGACCGCGUGGUUCGGGCUAUGUCUGGAGCUUUGAGGAACCUCGCCAUAGACAACCGUAACUGUGAACUGCUUGGUUUGCAUGCAGUACCUCACCUUGUGGCCAACCUACCUGGAGGCCAGAGUCAAUCUGGGCGCGCCCUGUCAGAGGAGACAGUAGUGUCUGUACUGAGCACGCUCGCUGAGGUCUUGGGCAACAGUCUGGAGGCAGCAAAGACCCUUCGAGCGUCGCAGGGCAUUGAGAGGCUGGUGCUCAUCAACAAAGACGGCAAGCGCUCAGAGCGUGAGGUGCGGGGGGCCGGCCAGGUGCUGCAGCUCGUCUGGGCCCACAAAGAGCUGCGUCGGCCUCUUGAGAAGGACGGCUGGAAGAAGACUGACUUCAUAGUCACGUUCAACCACAACACCGCCACCACCAACGGUCCAAACACCCGGGUUAACGGCACCUAUGAAGACAGCACCACGCCAUUGUUAGACAGAGGGGAAAAGAGGGACAUGAUUCCACUAAACGACCUUGGCCCUGAGGCCUACUCUACACUGGAUCAGAGGGAGAGGAGACACACUCUAGAUGAAACCACAGACACUUUACCGCGAGGGGUGUAUGGGGGCAGAAAAGGCUCCUUGCCCCUCUUGGACUCCUACGAUGAAAAACUGAUAGUGUGCAUCACCCAGACUGGGCCGUCCCUGCCUUACCACUGCUACUGAGGAGAGAAGAACCAGAUGCACAGACUCUCUCCCCCUUGUCCCCUCCUCCCCUCCCCUCCCCUCCUUUCCUCUUUUUCUCUACCAACACACAGAUGGGAUUAGAAGAUGAGGGUUGGCAUCCAAAGAAAGUGGCUGUCUUGCAGCCUUGUCAUGCAACACAGCCACUUAGUUACAGACACACAGACACACCUAUUUUACAAAUUCAUUCAAUUGUAGCAACAGAAAUAUAUUCAGUUUUUUAAAUUAUACUUCUUCUGUAAAGGCUAUUAUCUUUGUUGACAAUCAUUUUAACUGGUGUUGUAAUCCUGCUUGAUUCUAUUUUUUUUUUCUGGCUAAAUCAUUUUGGUCAAAAAAAAGUUUUGCCAACACCCACAUCCCAAUGACGAAUUUGUACGUAGACUUCUAAGUAGGGUAUAUACUGUAUAUAAAAAGAAAAUGGGAUGACUGCAUUAGUUUUGGCUCAUUAAUUUAAAUCGUCCCGUUACUGGGAUCAUUGGGAGGUUGGGACGGAGUGACAGAUCGCCCUGUAGAGCAAGAAUGUUGUUUAUAGAGGAGUUAUUUUCCUGUCUAGAGUUAUUUUCUCUUGGUUGGGACCAGCACAGGUGUAGACAAGAAAGGGCAGGUGUGUGUAUAUUUGUCAUACAGUAAACCUGUGGCCGACUGUGUGUGUGUGUGUGUGUGUGUGUGUGUGAUAAAUGGAUACGGACCUUGGAGUGAGUGUGUGUUUUUGUGCGAGUGACGGACCAGACCUAUAAGACCACAUGUUGAUAAUUUCAUGCAUUUAUGUUGUUUUUUUUAAACUCAUGUCUCCUGUGACAAAGCAUUGUCAUUGUUUUUUUGUUUUUUUGUGUAAUGACUGCCUCUGUUUAGUGUUUGAUACUUUAAUUUCCAACUUUGUGUCUGCUUCCCCGAAAGUAAGCUCUGACAGCCUCAGCGUCUUUAACCCGUUAGAUCGCAUUGAAUGUGGGCCUGACUGGUGAAGCAGGGCACCAAACCAUUACUAAACCACAAAACUCCACUUUAGUUUUCAUUCCUAGCUCUACUCUGUCAGACUUUAAAACUACUAUAUGCUUUUUAUUUAGACAAAGUAACACUUUAGGAUUAUCUCUUUGAAAUGAUUAUCCCUGCUUUAACUCUAAAGUUUAAAUAAACACUACUGGUAGUUCUUAUUGGCCUUUGUGGUGUGCUGUUUUAUAAAUAGACCCUUUACAAAAUGGCAGGCUUUUAUCCUCAGAGCAGACUCGAGUUUUAACAGAUACUGACUUGUAAUUUAAUUUGGGAGAUGGACAAAAACACAUAAUUGUCUAUUUUUUUUUAUUUUUCACUUUGUGUCUGGAUUGUUUGUUUUUAUUUCAGGAUUUAAGGAGCGGGGGUUGAGAGCAUUAUGCAAUUUGUUUAACUUUUUUAGUCCCAGUUUUACUGUUCUAGUUGUUUUUAAGGCAAAAGAGACCAAUCAUCUUUGUUUUUUUUUUUACUCUCCGCACAGUAUAUUUGUAAUGUUGCCUAUCCAUGUACAAUUAUGAUGUACCAUUCAUACCUGCCUUGGCUCUGAGAAGUUGCUUUUUUCAGUAAAGUAUGUAUCUGGUAAUACUGUUGUUUUUAUAAAUAAAGAUCUUUUCUUAGACCAGA